GAAGUAUCGAGGUUCCUGAAGAGGGCGCUAGUGUACGGCGAUACGCUGCGAGGCCUUUCGAGAAUGAGUUUUCGCCUACGUCGACGUUAAUAUUAUAUCUCGUCAGUGCCGAGGCGCUUGUUUAUCCUUAAUCUCUCAUAUGCAUGACAUUUCGCCGCCCAUUGACGCUACUAUCACACAAAAUGUUGGCGUUGGAGCGUAUAUCUGAUCAAACCGGAUACUUGGUGCUGACCGAGGACGGCGCCGUGUUAACGUCCGGAGGCGACUUGGAGAACGAUGAGCGAGUGGCGAACAUUAUCAGUAGCCUGGUCACCCUGACGAAUAAGGUCGACGCCAAGGCGUUUCCCUCGCACGAUCCCUUCGAAAAGAUAUCGAUCAAGUAUAAGGACCACUGCUACGUCGUGUGCCUCUCGAAUAAGAAGAUUCACGUGGUGAAGAGGAAGCUGCCGUCCCCGACGACGGCGAUCGUCGAGCAGCAGCCUACCGCCGACAUUUAGAUACGAGUAAAGAGAGAAGACGUCGCAAAACAAAUCUAUUCUUUGUAAGCUUUGAUAUCUGACUCGAGUUCAAUUUCUUCGAUCAUUGCGAGAGAUUUCUAUUCACUGUUAUGUAUAUACGUGUACCUAGAGAAAUAUAUGUAUUCUAAGAUUGAAGCUAGUGCAAUGUAGUUUUAGGAAGAGUUACAUGCCUCUUGUAUGGACGGCUUCUUUCGAUCUGUCGAGCAAAGUAUUCUUCCGGUAUGUAACUUGAGAAUUAUAGCUACGAUUAUUCUUGAAAUAUAUUUUUUAUCAAAA